AUGCAUACUUCAAAUUCUCUGAUCCGCCUCAGCGCGGCACUUUGCCUUGCUGCCGGUACAGCAAAGGCCUACACACUCACGGAUACGUUCGACAAAAGCAACUUCUUCCAAGAUUUCAACUUUUUCACCGCCGCCGACCCUACUACAGGCUUCGUCAAGUACGUGGGGGCAGCCGCUGCAAACACUUCGGGCCUUGCGGGGUACAGCAACAACGCUGUCUAUCUCGGCGUUGAUCACACAACUAUGAACCCUACUGGUGGUCGGGAGUCUGUCAGGGUCACAUCGAAUAAAGCGUAUACCCACGGACUCUUCGUAGCCGACUUGGCUCACGCGCCGGACUCGGAAUGUGGUGUCUGGCCAGCAUUCUGGACCGUGGGUCCGAACUGGCCUGCAUCAGGGGAGAUUGAUAUUAUGGAAGGAAUCUCGGACAGUGUCACAAACAGCGCCACGCUACACACCUCGUCCGGAUGCACCAUGCAGUCGACAGGGGCCCUGGCAUCCAGCAAACUCAACGAUGGAAACUGCAGCAGCGACACCGGCUGCGGAAUGAGCACCAACGACACCUCGAACUACGGCACGGGCUUCAACGCUGCAGGCGGCGGUGUCUACGCCAUGGAAUGGACAUCCCAAGCCAUCAAAGUCUUCUUCUUCCCUCGCGCCGCCGGCAUCCCCAGCGACAUAACCUCUGGGUCUCCCAACCCCACAAGCUGGAGCUCGCCCAUCGCGGCCUUCAGCGGCAGCGGUUGCAACAUCGACCAGCAUUUCAUGAACCACAACCUCAUCUUCGACACGACAUUUUGCGGACAAUGGGCUGGUAAAGUCUGGAGUCAAAAUACAAAGUGCAGCGCUCUGGCUCCCACUUGCGACGCCUACGUUGCGGCCAAUCCGGCGAAAUUCGCCAGCAGUUACUGGUUGAUCAACUCGGUGAAGGUCUACCAGGCUUCUGCUGCCAAGAGAGGCGUUGCCUUCGAAGCGUAA